GAAAUCCAAACUCUCGCGACAGACGAGACUGGGCUUUCCGGAAGUGAUUCUCCGGAAGCAGCAUGGCUGCUCCCUUGACCUGGCUAGGCUGUUCCUGCUGAACCGCUGACACCAUGCAGUCAGAUGAUGUUAUCUGGGAUACACUAGGAAACAGGCAAUUUUGUUCAUUCAAAAUACGAACCAAAACCCAGAGUUUCUGCAGAAAUGAAUAUAGCCUGACUGGACUGUGCAAUCGGUCGUCCUGUCCCCUGGCAAACAGUCAGUAUGCCACUAUCAAAGAAGAGAAAGGACAGUGCUACUUGUACAUGAAGGUUAUAGAACGAGCAGCUUUUCCUAGGCGCCUCUGGGAACGGGUCCGGCUUCAUAAAAACUAUGAGAAAGCGCUGGAGCAAAUAGAUGAAAAUCUAAUUUACUGGCCCCGUUUCAUUCGGCACAAAUGUAAGCAGAGAUUUACCAAGAUCACUCAGUACCUAAUUCGAAUUCGAAAACUUACACUAAAGCGACAGAGGAAACUUGUUCCUUUGAGUAAGAAGGUGGAGCGGAGAGAAAAAAGGAGAGAGGAAAAGGCACUGAUAGCUGCUCAGCUGGACAACGCCAUCGAAAAGGAGCUGCUGGAGAGACUGAAACAAGACACGUACGGAGACAUCUACAACUUCCCCAUUCAUGCCUUCGACAAGGCCCUGGAACAGCAGGAGGCAGAGAGUGACUCUUCAGAUGCUGAGGAAAAAGAUGAUGAAGAUGAUGAAGAUGUGGGGAAAAGAGAGUUUGUGGAAGAUGAUGAAGUGGAUGAGAGUGACAUAAGUGAUUUUGAGGAUAUGGAUAAACUGGACGCCAGCAGUGAUGAAGAUCAGGGUGAUAAAUCCUCCAGUGAGGAAGAAGAAAAGGCCCCUGAUGCCAAACACAAAGGCAAAACACCCUUGAAAGGACCUUUGCGGAGGAAACGAGCAUACGUCGAGAUAGAAUAUGAGCAGGAGAUGGAGCCCGGGGCCAAGGCCAAAACCACGUGAUCUCCCUCCAGACGUUUAGAAACAGGCCUGAAUGUUUUGAACUCCUUCCUUUUUUUAUCUUAAACACAAAUAUGUACCUGCAGUUUCCGCUCUUUAUCUUGUUUUUAACACAAUAUUUGUGUUUUAAUAUUUAUGCUACUUCUGUGGGGCAGGAAAUCUGGGAGGGAGUGGAGAAAAGCCUGAGUGGUGGGCAGAGUACUUUUUAUAGGUUUGGCACAUGUGUCCAAGCAACAGCAUGAGCCCAAGAAGCUUAGCAGAUGAGUGUGUGGCUGUAAAUAUUUCUGAGUUGUAAACGCUGCUCACCCCUGUCUCCUUGGUGUCCUCCCACCCGCACCUCCGUCUUUGUUUAGAAAUGUCCAGACUUCCAUUUUUUCUUGUUCUCCUUCCCCUACUUCUAUGGGAGUAAAAGGAAAGACGGAAAAAGAUCUAAGUUACAAUGUUUAGUGUAAAAAUACCUUUUUCCUUAAAUAAUUCCAUUUAAAACAGCUGGAAGAGAAGAAAAUCCUCUCCUCUUGAGGAAAAUAAUACAAGUCUUAAGUUCCGUCACAGGGAGCGCCUUCAGUAACCCGCUGCACUUUUUGGAUACAGCUCACCACCUUACUGUCUUCACAGCUUUGGGGGAUGUUAGCCAGGAGACCCUGAAACAUGAAAUCAAACAGGCUUUGUGGUUUUUUCCCCUUUACCUUGACUGCUUUUUCUUGGUACCAUACUCAGAAGGAGGAGAGAUUAGAUGACACGGAACACAGAACAGGUAUAACUUUAGAAAGUGUUGGCAUGUUCAGAAAUGUUCUGCUGGCUCACAAAGAAGCAACUCAAUACGAGCCAAGGUGAAGCAGAUUGGAUCUCGGGCUUGAAAACCGCCUGAGAUUACAGAUCCAAGAUGAAAUAAUUUGAAUAAAUUAAUAAUAAACCAUACUACCCCUAAAUAUUUUUAGGAUAUGAAUUUCUCUUUAUGCUGCCUUACGGCUUUCAAUUUAAGAUUUCUAAAUGGGGUAAGAAAUGAGACAAUAGUUUAUUCAGCGGACACAUAACUAUUAUACACUAUGGCUUGGAACAGUUAACUUCUGUGGGAUAUGAGACCAGAGGAAGAAUCCCCAUGUGGAU